AUGGCUAAAUACUUAAGAAUAGAUAUACCUACUAUAUCUGAUAUAAAUAUGGAAAAAGCAAGUCUGCUUUUGAGUGGUGGAAAUCUAUCAAUUGCUGAUAUUUCCAAGAUCCAUUCUGGAUUACAAAUUGUUUUGGAUACUGAAACAUUGCAAUCUCUCAGUGAAGACUUUCCAACUGACACAUCUCCUCUUAAUCUAACCCAUGAACUCACUAAGCUAGAUGCAGUUGUAGGUCUAAACGCUCUUUUAAGACUUAAAGACAAAGCCCACUCUUCUCUUGUCUCUCAGUUUGCAGAGAGAAUAAACCAUCCUGGUUUACUUAGCCUCGAAGGACUAGAAUUUACAGCUAUUGAGAGUAAACACUUUUUCCAGAAGAAAAAUCUUGAUGCGGCCCGAAUUGCGCUUUUAUUUGAUAGCAUAAGAAUAACUCUUCCACUUUUAGACGCUGGGCUUGCUUUUUCUUUUGAAGUGCAGAAUCUUGAUGGGUCAAUUUUCCAAGAUCCUUUGUAUUCGGGAGUCUCCAAUGGAGUUAAGACUUCGCUGGUGAAUCUCGAGUCUUUGCUAUUGGACUCAAAGAUGGCUAACUCCCCCUCUGUGAGCGAGCAAAAAACACUUGUUCGCUUCAGGAGGGUAAAUUUUAUUUUAAAAAAAUUAUAUAUAAAUUUUAUAGAAUGUUUUUUUAAUCCCAAUUCGCAAAAAAUUGGAAAGCAAAUGCUAAUUUAAUUUCUAAAAUUUAUGUUUUAAAAUGCAAGCUGUUUAAAAUUAUACAGAAUUAGCUAGAGAUUUCAUUAUAUAAUUAUCAUUUAUAUAUCGAAAAAUUUUUUCCAUAAAAAAAUUUUUGUUCGCCCACAUGGAGGGUGCGUUUUUGGGCAAAAAUCGGGUUUUUCCAAUGGCAUUGAUCACUCACAGAGGGAGGAGUAAGAAGAAUCAGCCAAAUGAAGCUUUUAUUGAUGCUGCUCAAUUGAUUGGGACUCUAAGAGCACUGAUUGAAGACGAAUCAAAAACAAUUGAAAGAGAAAUCAAUAAUGAUGUAUUUGAAAUUGGAAAAUCUUACUUACUUAAUUAUCUGGUGUUUAAGGUGUCUAGUGCCGCAGCCCAAAAGGGCCUAUGGCAAAACUGAUGACGUAGGCGAGCCAUCUUGGCACGGGUCAGCCCCGUCCAAGCCUUCUAACAACUCCUGCCUCACCGGCCUUGCUGCACGUCUCACCCGGCGCGAUGCCGUCGCCCUUGUCGCUCGACUCAGCUCCUGCGCGUGUUCCGCCUAAGGGUCAUCCUCCCGUGGGGAUGUGCUGAGAGGUAAAAGCCCGAGAUCUUGAGUGGACUGAGGAGUGGUUCCUCUGGUUAUCCCCAAAGUUAAACCGCUAUUGCUGUCCAGAAGUUCACGAGUGAAAACCUAACCCUAAUAAUAAAAUUCCAUGAGGGAGAGAAAAUUAGCAGAGCUAAUUUCUCUCGAACCGAAUGCCAUUUUAUUAUUGAAAUUGGAAAAUCAACCAUUAAUAGGUCCAGAGCUCCAUUAAUUAAGGCUGCCUCAGCGCUAUCAAGUCUUGUGAUUCAGCUUUUUUAUAAUUCAGAAGAAAGAAAAGGAACAAUUUCAGAGACAAGAUUCCAAACUUCUUCUAACCUUGAAGAAAUCAUUGAAUUAUUAAGGAGACUUGUCCCUGACUUGCAAAACAACGCAUACGCUGAAAUAAUGCAAAACUUUAGUGCCUUAGAAGCUCUUGAAAAGAAAAUCAAUGAAGGCGCUUCUAAACCUCGCCCUAUAUUACUUGGAAAAGGCAAUAAAAUAUUAUAUACUCACCUAAAGGAAACCCAGUCAAAUGCUUUAGCCCUCUCAAACUUUCUCGACGAUCUUUUCCAAGCAAGAAAUAAUGAAACAAGAGUCCCAAAGCUUGCAAAAGGAAUGAAAGAUUACGGUCCAGACCAAAUGGCUAUCAGAGAAAAAGUAUUCAACACAAUAAGAAACGUAUUUAAAAAACAUAUGGCAGGUGAACUUGAUACCCCCGUCAUGGAACUAAGAGAAACGCUAACAGGAAAAUAUGGUGAUGAAAGCAGCAAAUUGAUUUAUAAUUUGGCUGACCAAGGUGGAGAACAAUUAUCGCUGAGAUAUGACCUUACUGUUCCUCUUGCAAGAUAUGUAGCCAUGAAUAGACUAAAUAAAUGGAAAAGAUUCCAAAUAGGCAAAGUCUACAGAAGAGAUCAGCCACAGAUGAAAAGAGGAAGAUUCCGAGAAUUUUAUCAAUGCGAUUUUGAUUUAAUCGGCACUGGACCUACCAUGAUGCAAGAUGCAGAAGUCCUUAAAAUUGUCUCUGAAAUUUUAGUUGAGCUAAAUAUUGGCUUUGUGCUGAAGGUAAGUCACAGAAAAUUGUUGGACUCACUAUUAGAUGUAUCAGGAUGCCCUGUCAAUAAAAGAAUCACUAUUUCUUCUUCAAUUGAUAAGCUUGAUAAAGAAGAAUGGGAAAAGGUCAGACAAGAAAUGAUAUAGGAAUUGCCCGAGGAUGGCGCUAUCUUGCACCAUCCUCGGGCAAUUUCAAAAAAUGGCCCACACCGGGAAUCGAACCCACGUGUGGGGCCAUUUUUGGUGCGUGUAAGUCGAUGUUGGCCACACACCAAAAAUGGCCCCACACGUGGGUUCGAUUCCCGGUGUGGGGCCAUUUUGAAUUGCCCGAGGAUGGCGCAAGAUAGCGCCAUCCUCGGGCAAUUGCUAUAGCUGAUAAAGGUCUAUCACCUGAAUGUGCAGAUAAAAUUGGAGAAUUUGUGAACAUCAAAGGAUCACCUAGAGAGGUUCUGCAGCUUCUUAAGGCACAUGACGCGUUUAAAACACAUGAAUUAGCAACAUCUACAAUUGCUGAAUUAGAGAAGCUUGCUGAAUUUUUAGAAUGCUUGGAAAUCACACCACAUAUAGUGUAUGAUUUAAGCUUGGCUAGAGGACUUGAUUAUUAUACAGGGCUAGUGUAUGAAGCAGUGCUUACUGAUACUACACAAGGUGUAGGAUCUAUUGCAGGCGGAGGCAGAUAUGAUGAACUUAUCAUGAAGCUCAAUAACUCCAAGAAUCCAGUUCCAGCUGUAGGAGUCGCCCUCGGGAUUGAAAGAAUUUUUACGAUCAUUGAAGAUAGAUUCAAGAAAGCUAAUCUUAUGUAUCCAAAAACAUCAGUUCUCGUCGCUCAAGCUGGAAACUCUGACAAAUACAACUUAAUGAACGAAAGAAUCAAAAUCUGCAAUCUGCUAUGGAAGAAUGGAAUCCCUUCAGAAACAAGCUAUAAAGAAAAAUCUGAUCCUAAAGGCCAGGCUGGAUACGCAAGUGAAGCAGGAAUUUCUUGGAUCGUUUGGAUCGGAGAAACUGAGCUCGAUGAAGGAAAAGUUAAAGUGAAGAGUUUGGAGCAGCACAAUGAAGAAUAUGUUGAAAUUGGUGUGCUUUCAGACUAUAUCGUGGCCCAUUCUAGUUAA